CCACAUUUUCGACCACCUAAAUCCAUCCGCUCGCUACAAAACAGUGAAGGCAUUCGCUUGGCAUUCACUUUAAAGAUCAGUAACCACUUCAUCAUGUGCCCAUGCGCCUGUCAUAUCUUUCAAACUCGGAAAUAAGGGUUUAAGAACCACAUACCACACCCCACCUCCACUCUCCAACCAUCAACCAGUUACGGUAAUCACACCCCACCAACCACACCUCCAGUCAACCACCCUUUUCGUCGUCCAAUCACCAUGCCUUCUACAAUUUCUUCCAACUCUACUGAGUUCAUCAACAAUAACCUUUCCAAUCUCGAUGCUAUCAACAACGUCAUGCCGCCAGAAGCAUGCUCGAUCUUCCACGAGGACAUAGACGCAAACCAUUCCGCUGUCCAGAUAACCGUCAUUCCGGAUUGCAUUCAUAUCUUCAGUCGAGAUUGCCUGAUAGCUUGGCUUUCUAGCGGCAGGGCGAAUUCAAAUACGUGCCUAAUGUGUCGGACAGUCCUAUAUGAACAAAACCUGGGUCAUGCGCCGGACCGCUCGAUCCGUCAUGAGGCGAUUCGUGAAGAAAUUGAGGCUCUGAUUAACCGUCUACUCUCUGGCAUCGACGAGCACACUUGGCAUCUUACGGAAAACGCUCGCGAUGAUAGGGAGGUUAAUCGAAUUGUUCGAUAUCUUGUCGAGAAUGGCUGGGAGGAAGAGGGAGCUGGUGAGGUGGACGAGCCGCCCCCGCGCGAAAUGGACGAUGCAUUCAGAGUGGGUGAAGGAGGACCCGAGCGGGAGGGAGGGGAGCAUCAUCAAGAGGACGAGUAA